UGCUCUCUGAACGAUGUGAACUAUAUCGUCUCUGGGUCGGGCUAGUAUUUUGUGAUUGUCUUCGCUGUUCUCUUUGUACUCUUUUCCCAGUAAGGUUUCGCUGUUCGUCGGCAUCGUGUCUCUCCCGGUGUCUGUCCCGGGAAGCGCGAGGCCGAGUCGUGAGAUGAUGGAGGACUUUGACGAGAUCUACGAAGAGGAGGAGGAGGAAGAAGAGGACGAGGACAGGGCCGCGGAGGAGCAGCUCCUCAAGUACGCUCCGGACCCGGUGGUGGUGCGAGGGUCCGGCCACGUCACUGUGUUUGGGCUUAGUAACAAAUUUGAGUCAGAAUUUCCUUCUGCACUCACAGGAAAGGUUGCACCAGAGGAAUUCAAAGCCAGUAUCAACCGUGUAAAUAGCUGCCUGAGGAAGACACUGCCAGUGAAUGUGCGGUGGCUCCUGUGUGGCUGCCUCUGCUGUUGUUGCACAUUAGGCUUCAGUUUGUGGCCCGUCAUCUGCCUCAGUAAGAGGACAAGAAGAUCUAUAGAGAAGCUUCUGGAGUGGGAGAACAGCAGACUUUACCACAAGUUGUGUUUGCAUUGGAGACUAAGCAAAAGGAAGUGUGAAACCAACAACAUGAUGGAAUAUGUAAUUCUAAUAGAGUUCCUACCUAAAAUCCCCAUCUUCAGACCGGACUAGCUUGACUGCAGCUGAUGUUAAACCUCCACUGCUGCCCAGUUCUGUCUAAAACCACAAAGGCUGUUGAGCUCCUGGAUAAAAACUAAUCCCUUCUCAAAAUACUCCAGUAUUUUUGUUUACAGGGUAUAAUCCAUUCUCCCUCUUUUCUUUUUGACUCGUCUCACGUACACCCUCGCUACAUCUUUGUUUACAAGUCCAGCAUCCCCACACUGUUUUUUGAAGUGAUUUUUACCUUUUAACUUGAACUAGCUGGGCGAACUUGCACAUUGUCAAGCCUCGCUAACUGCAGCAACUGAUGGGAUGUCAGUAGAGAACCAGCCAUGGGCGGCAUUGUCGAUUAUGGAACUCGAUGUGGAGUUGGGACUCGAACAGAGUUCUGUAAGCUACAACUGGAAUUUUUUUUUUUUGACUCAUUUGUUCUCGAAACUGAAGCACAUGGCACAGUACCAUGAGGAAAACACUUUUCAAAUGUUAACCUACUGUCACACCGCCAACUUCACCUGCAAAAAUACACCCCAGUGCUUUUGUAACAGUUGGUUUGGUGCUCUAGAUCAUUACUAGAGGCUGUGGAGGUGGAACUCCUAAGGAACUUUCAUCCAAAUCCAACUCUGUAGCAGACAGACUAAUCUUAUGGGAAUGUGUUUGGCAAGUGUCCACUGCAGCUGAACUUAAUAAUGUCACUUUUCUUAUCAACUACCAGACAUCCUUAUUCUCCUCCCUCCUUUCAUAUCUCUGCACACUUCACUGUGCAUUACCCUAACCCAGUGACAAUCACUCAGUCUGACUGUACUCUCCAUAGUAUGAAUGGGUCUUAAUGCUACACAGUGUACCUGGAACUAUGUAUUUUCAGUUUGUGUGUCUUUAGGUGAUGAAAUGUCUGCCUAGCAACUGCUUCUGAGUGGCAGUGGAAAAAGUGAGUUGGACUGAAGGCCACUGGUGUUGAAGAAAUGAAGCUUGUUUUUUUUCUGUACUAUCCCAAAUUUUGUUUACUGUCUUGUUAGAAAAGGCUGCAGUUAAUGUUUGCAAAACUGUUCACUGUGUUUAUUGAGUCUGAGAGAAACGAGCAAAAAAAGAAACAUCAGACAGUAACACACACUUUUUACUCUGUAAUGCAGAGUUCUCUCUCUGAAGUAUUUCUUUGCCUUUUGUUUUAGUAAUUUAUGCAUGUAUGAAUGUAUUCCGAAAUAGGCCUCUAAUGGGUUUUUGUUCCCCCUUUUUUAUUUUUUGGUUGAACAUUGGUUAUCCCUCUAUUGUGGCUAUGGUCAUGGUUAAACACUAAAGCACACAAUUGUUUUAUCCUUAAUAUCUUUUCAUGACCUCUCUCCUUAUCUCCUGACCUUGUGCUCAAGCCAAGGAUGUUCAUGUGUUUUGCCUACAGUCUGAUUGUUUCCAUUCAGAGAUCUGGAGUGGACACACGGAGAGAGGGAUUAUUAAAGUUAGCUCAGUGGUUUAGAACUGCACUGACUACAGCCUCAGAUCAUGAACACAGAGCUGUACAGGGGUAAUUAUAAAACAGUUAUGGGCUAAUCUUACAAAUGUCUAAAAUUGACCACAGGCUAAAAAGUAUGUAACAUGGUAUAUUUGUGUUGAAUCAAACCUGGAAAUUUGCAAAGAUGAAUGAAAUGGUAUAGAUAAUGCAUUUUUGCACCAUUUUAUUUUGGGAUGUGGUCAUGACUAUAUGAAAUCCAUGUUCCCUCAGUCCCUCAGUUUUAACUAACUCAGCUCUGGUGAUUUUUAUGGGUCACACUCAGGGGAUCAAACUAGAUAAACACAAAAAUGUAGCAUUGGAAAAUCUCACUGUCAGGUAUGUUCAAAGGCCACACAUGCUGUGGUUCAAUACACAAAUAACAUGAUACUUGAAUAAUUAUGAAAUUAUGUAUCUGGAGUUUUGGAAUCGAAUGAUGCCCCGAAGAAAAAUCACUCUGUGGUCUUCUUGUUUUGGUAGUGAAGGAAGCACACUUCUCCACGCGACCCACAAAGCUCAGAGUUGUGUUGAUUUAUGUUAAAAAAAACAAUGACUUGAUCACCAGUGCAUUACCUGUUGGUUCAUUAGACACUUUUCUACAUUAUUGUCUGUUCUAUGUAAAUCAAGGCAUAAGGCCAUAUGCAGAUAUUUCUGGUGUGAGUAUGUAUGUGUGUGUGUGUAUGUGUGUGCACGGUGUAUGCAGAUGCAAAUGUUCUCCAUAGAUCUCAGACUGUGAUUGAACCCUGCACAGACAAAUGAGUCCUUUUUUAUAUGUAUUCUUGAGUGUUUGUGUGUCUGAGAGAGAGAAAGAUAUAUGUACAUAUGACUCAUGAGCAGGUGUAUGUACAGUAAUAAACUACCAAUAAACAAGGCUAUGGGCA